AUGGCGGGCAAGGCAGCGGUGCGUGCAGCCGGGCUAGUGGUCUACCGCCGACCCGAGGCGACGGGCGCCACCGAGUUCCUGCUUUUGCAAGCCUCCUACCCUCCCUAUCACUGGACACCCCCGAAAGGCCACGUGGACCCCGGCGAGGAUGAGUGGACGGCGGCCAUCCGAGAAACUGAGGAAGAAGCACAUAUCAAGAAGGACCACCUCGACAUCCAUGAGGACAUCCACCACACGCUAUACUAUCCGGUCAAAGGUCGAAUGAAGUCCGUGAAGUACUGGCUGGCCAAGCUCAAGGACCCAUUCGAUGUGGCCCUCAGCCAUGAGCACCAAAAUUGGAAGUGGGCCAAGCUGGAGGAUGCUGUCAAGACGAGCGAGUACAAGGAGAUGGGCGAGCUCUUCCGCCUGUUCAACGACAAGAUUUCCAAA